AGAGAGUGAGACAGAUAGAUAAAUAGAUAGAUAGAUAGAUAGAUAGAUAGAUAGAUAGAUAGGUAGAUAGAUAGACGGACGGACGGAUAGAUAGAUGGAUACAGAAAUAAGAAAAAAGUAGAGAAAGACAGAGUUAAAGAGAGAUAGAGAAUAGAAGAGCCUUGAUGCGUGGCGGAGGCCUCGCGGUGUUCAACGAAGCUUCACUCGACUCUGUAAUCAUGUCCGGUUUCCUCGGUAUAUCGCUUGUAAUGCUCGGCAACGCUUUUAAAGAGACACCGGUACACGUUCGUUUACGAGACCGAAUGACACGCGAAUAAAUUGCGAUAUCUUGCAAGAUAAACUUGUUGUUUAAGGCUAACAAAUAAGAAAGAAAUAAUGAAAAAUAAUCUAACCUGCCACCUUUUCAUUCAUAUAUAUAUAUAUAUACAUAUAUAUAUACAUAUGUGUGUAUAUAUUUACGUACGUUCCAUUCGUCCGUCUCCUUUAAUUUCGAUGAUAUCUUUUGUUAAAUCUAUUAUUUAAGAAAAAAAAAAAAAAAAAAGCAAAAAAAAAUGAAAAAUAAGAUGACGGCGGAACGACAAGGGUUUGAGGAGAGAGAGAUGGAGAGAGAGAGAGAGAGAGAGAGACAGAGAGAGAUUAAGAUAUAAAUAUUUUAAUAAAUCAUCAAUUUCGAAUUAUAUUUUAGAUUACAAAUUAAUUUUAAUGAAUACAUUCAUUUAUUCGUUAUAUAUUAUAUCGAAUGGAUCUUCUUGAUGCCAAUCAAUAUAAUACGAUUAAACGUUUGAAUUAAAUAAAAAUGUAUUGAAAAUGUCGUAAAAGAAAACAAAAAAAAAAUAAUAAAGAAAGGGCGUGUUACAUAAAUUUUAUUAAGAAGUUCAAUAAUAGACAUAUUUAUACGUAUUUAUUUUAAUAAGUCGAUUAUUUAUUUUGCGUAUGUAGGUACUAACGAACUUAUUGAUCUUGAUAAAUACUCGAUCGUGAAUCAUCAAUGAUUAUGAAAGAUAUUUCUUGUCAUGUUGUUAAUAAGACUAGGAAACGAUAUUACAGCAUUAGAACAAUCGAUUCUAUUCUUCCUUGUCUUUUUCUAACUUGUUAAAAAUUAUUUUCUUCGAUGAUUUAACAUAGCCGACCUAUAUGUGUGUGUAUAUAUAUAUAUAUAUAUAUAUAUAUGUUCGAUCUAUAUGUAUAUGUGGGUUCGACCUUCUCCUCUCUUUUUACUAAUACCAAUGUUAAUUUUAAUGCUAAUAAUAGUAAUGGUAUUUCAUACGACGGAUUCUCGAAAGAGGAAGGAAAAGUUCUUCCACAUAGAACGCAAGUAUAUAAAAAGAAGUGUGAUUAGUUUUACACUAUUACUAUGCUACACUACUCUAAUAUCUACUAAUACCACUGUUGAUACUAGUAAUAGCCAGUCGAGAUCCGUACAAGGUCACACGGCAUAUCGCCGACAAUACACGUGCGUCUUGUUCGCAAAUCUCUUCGUACUUUUUUGUCCAUCGUCCUUUUUCUUUUCUUUUUUUCCUUUUUUUUAUUUUUUUUUUUUUUUUUUUUUUUUUUUUUUUCUUAUUUCCUAUUAAAAACUUCACUAUUCCUAAUUCCAAUAGUUCUUUCGAAUUAGUCAUCGUCUUCCAUUGUCCGUGAUUUAUCCGAUCGAUCCUUUUUUUCAUCGUCAAAUCUCUUUUCUCUUUGAUUAUAUAAAUUUGUUUGCUUUUCAUUAUCAUUUUUUUUUUCUUUUUUUUUUUUUUCUUUUUUUUUUUUUUUUUUUUUUAUUACUUACGAUAUAAAAAAUAAAUCGAUAUCGAGCAAAGAGCUUGUUAAAUGUUUUCAUCUAAUAUCAUUGAAUCAAGAAGUUUAAUUUGAAUUGAACUUGUAUUUUGAUUUAACUCUGAUUAAAAUUAAAUUUUAAUUAUAUACUAAGAAACGUUUAUCUUAAUAAAGUCGAUCAAAUUAUUAAUAAGAUUUUGUAAUUUGGCACGUAUCUAAUGACGAUGGAAAUAAAUGUUUGACAUGAUUUAUCGAAGGAUAUCUAAAUAUAUAUGAAACGAAAGUGUCCAUAAUGUCGAUCGAAUUAUUAAUACCAAUACGAAAUUGCAUAUAUAUAAUAAUACAAAUAUUAAAUUGUUUCGUUAUGAAACAAUACUUGACAUGAUUUAUUGAAGAUUCUAAAGAGAAGGGUGGAGGGGGAGGGGGGAAGAAGAAAGCAGAAAUUUAUAUUGGAACGUUCAUAACGUCGAUUCCAAAUUAUUAAUAUCAAUGAAAAAAAGAAGAAGAAAAAAAAAAGAAAAGAGAAAAAGGUACGCUCAAAUGUUCAUAACGUCGAUCUCGAUAUUAUUUAAUAUCAUCAUUUAAUAAUUAUUUAUUUAUCUAAUCGCAUGAUUGAAAUAACGCGAUUGACAUGAUUUUAACGAGGAAUCGUAAUAUUAUCGAGUAUAAUGAUUGAAAUAACGUCGAUCGUAAUUAUUUCUGAAUAUUAAUAUUAUUGACAUUGGUCCAAUUGGGAACGAAAACGUUGAUGAAGUUGAUACGUGUAUAUCGUAGGAAGUAUAAAAUAAAAAUAAAAAUAAAAGAAAAAGAAAAAAAGAAAAAAGGAAAGAAAAGGAAAAAAAAAAAAAAAAUA